GUGCAUGUAUCCUUUCAGGAAUUGGGUUUAAUGGUUAUGAUGAAAAUGGUAAUGCUAAAUGGAAUCGCGUUACAAAUAUUGAUUUUAUCGGAUAUGAGACAGCAGAUAAUAUCAAACAAUUGUUAGAAUCUUGGAAUAUGAAUACAAAUAAAUGGCUGAAAAAUUAUGUGUACCUUCGAGUUACACCCCCUGGACAAAAACCUAGUUUCUCUUCAACAAUUACCACAUUUGGGAUAAGUGCCGUAUGGCACGUGACUUUUAUUGGUGGUGCAUUUAUUCAAAACCUUCAUCGAAAAAUACACCGUACUGUUCGUCCAAUUUUCUUAACCACUCGUUUUGCUGCAUAUAAACCUUUAUACAAUUUCUUGGGUGCUGGAAAAUUUUGUAAACGAAUCGUUGCUUUUGGAGGUGGCGUUCUUGAUUGA